CCUUGUCCUUGAAGCCGGCGCCUGCUGCUAAAAAAGCGGAAACCCGGAACCAUGGUGGAUGUGAAGAAGUUUAGUGAUACCGACCUGUACGGGUUGUUCGAGGUGGACAUUGGAGCCACGGAACAGGAGAUCCGGAAAGCGUACCGCAAAAAGGCACUACAAUGCCAUCCGGACAAAAACCCCGACAACCCGAAGGCAGCCCAGCUUUUCCAGGAGCUCUCGAAGGCCCUCGAAAUCCUGCUCGAUACCUCAGCCCGUGCCGCAUACGAUAAGCUACUGAACGCAAAGAAAGCGGCAAAACUACGCACGAAACAGCUCGAUGGCAAGCGACAGAAACUGAAGGCGGAUCUCGAGGAGCGAGAGCGACGAGCACGGGAAGAGGCCACCGGGGGAUACAAAACGGCCAGCAAUAAAACACCGGAGGAACUGUUCCAGGAGGAGUUUGAUCGGUUACGCAAAGAAGGCUCAAAGUUGAUCCAAGAAGAGCAAGAAUUGAUGCGCCAACAGCUGCAAGAGGAACUGCGGCUUAUACAAACGGCGGCAGCACCAUCGUGGGAUCCAUCGCAACACCGCGUAAAGAUACGCUGGAAGGCGGACAAAACUGACACCGGCAAUGGAGGUUACACGGAAGAGAUUUUACGCAAAUUUCUCAACAAAUACGGUGACCUGAAUGCACUUGUGAUGAGUCCCCGGAAGAACGGUAGCGCUUUGGUAGAGUUUAAACAGAAGGACGCGGCCGAGAUGGCGGUAACGUACGAGAAGGGACGACUGGAUAAUCCUUGUACACUGGAAUGGGUCGGUGAGGCACCACCGGCAACGAAACAGAAAGCUGGAGGACGAUCCACUGGCGGUGGUACCAUAACGGAACGGGAUUACGAAAGUCUCGUACUACGGCAGUUGCGCCAGGCCGAGGAACGCAAGAAGCUUAUCGAGCAGAUGAUGAAAGAAGAUGCAGAAGGAGACGAUUAGAUCAGAGAUAAAACAGCUAAACAGCGAAGUAAUUUUUAUGUUUUCCAAUAAUUUA